AUGCCAGAUACAGGUGCGAUGGCAUCAACUGUAUCAAAUCAACUUCCACCACGUACAACAACAAGUCAUCGAUGGCCUAGAAAAUGGGCAACACUUGGUGGACGUGGUACACCAUCAACACCAAUACCUUCAACAAUUAAUAAUGCUUCUGAAUUUACUGAGAAAAGCAAUGGUCAUCAUAUGAAUGGUAAUGGUCAUCAUCAACGAUAUUCAACAUCAUUAUUUCGUAAAUCAUCAACAAUAAGUCGAACAAAUGGUGGUACAACAAUAAAUAAUUCCGAUCUAAAUAAUGAAACUCCAUCAUUAAAAAAAUCUCGUUCAUUAAUAAAUGUUUUACGUUCAAAACUAAAUUCACCAGCUGUACUUCGUCGUUUUCGUACAAAAUCACGUGAAAAUACAAAACAAAUUAUAACAGAAAUAAAUCAUGAUGAUAAAAAUACUACUACUAUUACUAAUAAUAAUAAUAAUCAUAAUGAUUAUCAUGAAAAAAAUUCAACACAAUUAAUAAAUGAUGAUAAUAAAAAAAUACGUAAACGUGAUCCAUCACCAAUGAAACGUUUUACAAGUCGUUUAGCUCAAUUAACACGUAGUUCAACACAUACAUCUAUUGAAAAUGAACAACAUACACGAAAAUCUCCAUCACCACCAAUACAUAAUAAAGAUCAAGUUGAUCAUAUAAAUGCGUGUUAUGAUGAAAUUCGUGCUAAAUAUUUUGAUAAAAAUAAUAAUAAUACAAAACAAAAUACAUUACCGAAUUUAUCUCAACAACAUUCAAAUGUUGUUCCAUUAACAAAUGAACGUUUUAAAGAUAUUCUAUCAACAACAACAGCAUCAUCAAUUGAAUAUUAUGAACGUCCAAAUAAUGAUAUACAUAAUCGUUCAUUAAGUACAAUAUCAAUGAAUGGUUCAUUAUUUAGUCAUGAUUUUUUAAAUAAUUCUCAACAAGUUGCUCAAUCAUCAUCACCACCAAUACCAUCCGAUGAUCCAUUACUUCAAGCACGUAAACAAUCAAAUAUUAAAUUAAAUUGUAUGUUAAGUGGUUAUGGUUUUACAACACCAUUUGGUAAUCAUGAAAAAUCCUUAGGUCAACAUGAUAUAUUUAAAUUUCAUCAUUAUCAUGAUGUUGGAAAAAGAAAAUUUGAUUUUAAUUUUACAAAUAAUAAUAAUAGAAUGUAUUCAAGUUUAAGAACACGACCAAUGAGUAGAAGUAUUGAUAGUUUUAGACGAGCAACAACUACAAUUGAAAAUGAAAUAAUACCAACAAAUUCAACAGGUAAAUUACAUGAAGAGAUACUUGAACUAGAUGGUUUUUUAUCGAUUGAAAAAUAUUUUAUAGAUGAGCAGGCUCAAUUAUCUGAUACUUUUAUUGAAUCCGAUAAUGAUUUACUUAUUGACGAUGAAAAUUCAUCGAAUGUUCUCAUUGAUAAUGAACUUGUCAUACGUGAAGACGGUGAUAUAAUAGAAUCUGAACCGAAAGUAUAUUCAUCAAAAGUUCAUGUUACACCAGCAGCUUGUCUUCAUGUAAAAACAUUUAUUUCAACAUCUUCGAAUGUAUCUCAUACAAAUGAAAAUUUAUCAAAUGGAAAAACAUAUGAUGAAAAUGAUGAUCAAUUUGAAAAAAAUUUUUUACGUGCUGUUGAUCGAGCACUUGGUGUUGUUAAUAAAGAUGAAAAUCAUUUAUUACAACCAGUUUAUGAUUUACCAAUGAAUAAUGAUAAUUCAAAUAUGAAUCUUGUUGAAAUUACUGAACGUGCACUCUCAACAUUUAAUAAUACACAUAUUCUUAUGGAAGAUAAACAAAAAAAUGAACAAAUUGAUAAUGAACCUCGUAUUGAUGGUGCUGAAUCACCCAAUGUUGAAUUAUUCGAUCGUACUGGUGAACUUUUUGAUACGGAAAAUGUUCAUUGGCAAUCAUCAGCUGUUUAUGAUCAUCAACCACCGAUAACAAAUAAUGAACAAGAUAAAUUAAUUGUUAAUGGUAAUGAUGAAAACUCAAUUGAUGAUCAUGUAUUGUCAAUUGUUGAUGAUUUAACACGAAAAACUCAUGAAUUUUUACUCGAUGAAUCACAGAAUGGCCAACAAUUCUUGGCCAUAUUGGACAAUGAAGAGAAGACGAUUAAAUCAAAAGCAGACGGUUAUAAUAAACUUCUUCAAACUGAUGAUAGCCGUCUAAAUGAUGAUGUUCGGUCUGAUAUUAAUGCUGUGAUCGGUGAAGUUAAUUUAUUACUUAAAGGUAAACUUAAACAAUUUCGUGGUUUAUGUCAAGCAAAUGUAUCAAAAUCAAACACAUCUGCUGGUGAACCAACACCACUUGAUAGUGAUCUUGAAGGUUUUUGGGAUAUCACAUAUCCAUUAAUUGAUAAAGUUAAGAUCAAAUUUACAAAACUUGAUGCACGUAAAGCUAAACAAUGGGCUUCAAUUGAAGAUGAAUACGAUCCAAAUGAUGUUAAUAAUCGACCUCGAAUUAUUGACGAACGUCUUAAACAACUUCAACCUCAUCAAAAUAAAUCAAAAAUAUCAACAAAACCAGCUAAUGAUGAUUUAAAAAAAUUAAUUCAAGAACGACGAAAAGCAGCUGCUAAUGUAUCGAAUACAGCUAAUCAAAAUCAUGACAUAGAAAUAUUCGUUACACAUAAAUAA